AAUCUGGAGGGUCUAUGGGUAAAUUUUGCCUCCAGAGAUGAUACAAUCCAGCGUACCCUGAAAGGAGAAAAAAUCGAUCAUGGGUACUUCAGAAAUAAUUACUUUCUUGAAAUUAGAAACCUGGUGAGUGAAUAUCAGAAUAUAUUCACAACAAACCUAUCAACCCUGCAAGCUGAAACUGCCUCCCUAACGUCUACGGAAGAAGAUCUGGAAAUCGAAUCCAUGUUCCGUGAGCAAAGGGUGCUCAUUGAUACAUUAGAGCGUAUCAUGAGUAAGGUGACGAUUGAAACACGCCAAAAUUUUAAGGCGAUCAUAUUCGAAAAUUGGACUGAAAUUAAAAGGAUUCAUGUCCAAAUUCACAAAAAAUUUAAAAACCCCAAAGAGUUGGGAUACGAUGAUUCCCGAUAUUAAAUGGCUGAAGAUGCCAUUAUAACAUUUCAAAUGGCACUCGGCGUAGACAGACCACAGAAUACUGGAGA